UUAAGACAGAACAUCCAAGGGCACCAGACUAAGCAUAAUGGCGGAUAAGGCGGUGGGCUCAAAUAAGAACCAAGUCAUGGAACUCACUGUAAGUGAGGAAGAUUUCAUGCUUAUGGAUGGAUUCAACUUGGACUUUUACUGUCUUAGGUUCUGGAGGGAGUUUAAAGAAAAUUGGACAGUUGACGAACGAUCAGACAGGAAUCUUCUUCAGGGACUGCUGCGUCAGAAGUUUGGAUGGUGCAAACAACGAGAGAGACUUGUACAUUUCAUGCAGUUGAUUGUAUGCCUAGCUGAUGGCCAAGACAUAACCACUCAGUACAACCCAGGGGAGGUGGAAACUCCACUAGAAAAAGCUCUGUCGUGCUUUGAGAAGGUGUUGGAUGAUUAUGAAGGGUCACCGGAGGAAAUCAAAGCUGUAAGAGAUGAAAUGAAGGUGCAGGCUGUGAUGAUGCUGUGCAGAGCUGAAGAAUUCAAACAGGCAAAGAAAGUCCUUCAGAAAGUAUGGUUCAACUCAGACGAGCCUCAAAACAGGACAGAGGUUGGCUCACCUGGAGUAUUACAGAAGCGUUUGAAGUCAUUCAUUGAUGAUAAGAGGAUGAAUGCUCGGUUCCUCUCUCACCAUACCUACGAAAAUUUCCUUCAGCAAACGGUUUGUCUGCUUCAAAAAGUCUAUGACAGUUUUGACACCCCAUUUUUACUGAAGAUAGCUCAAGCUUAUCAGAGGAAGAUGGAGAGACUAACAGAGGCUAUGGAAGACCAAACAGACAGCUCGGUAGAUGAUGCAACGGUAGAAAUGUCAUCAAAACCAGUGAGCCGGCCCUCAUCACAUACCUCCUCCCCUAUCAAAGGUUUCUGCCGUUCACAGCGGUUGUCUAGUGAGUUGGGGAGCCAAUCUUGUAAUGGAGAUGCAAAUCACUUGGUUGUUGAUGAGAAUCACAAAACAGAACCAACUGUCACAAGAGGACACCAAGCGGAAGAGGCAAGAGUAGAUGAAGAUGUCAGUGGUUGCCAUGGAAACCAGAAAGAUGAGGAUACCAGAAAGGUUGAAGAAACAGCAACUGAGAAGGGGCAUGGCAGUCACCAAGGUCCCAUAGAUACAAACAAGGAUGGAGAUAAUGGUCAUAGCAACCAGAGAAACCACAACAAGAAAGGUGCCAAGAGAAGGCUUGUGAUUAUAUCUUCUGAUGGAGAAGAGGCAAACAUCAAAGUUUGCCGAGGAAAUGAUAAGGGCGAUAUCAAGGAAAUAUCUCGUUCAGGAAAUAACAACAACAAUCAUAGAAAAGAAGUUGACAAGUGUUGCAACUUCAAGAUGUUGGAGUCUUCCAUAGUGCGUCUUGGGCUUGAUGGAGCACAGGUAGAAGAUAUUGUCACUGAACCACUGAUACUGCCACAAGAAAUGAUGCGGCGUAAAGUUCAGUCGAGCAAAAGGCCUGGUUGCACUUCUCCAUCUACGCCUAAAACACCGUCCACCCAAACCACUCCAGUUCGUCUCUCAAGCCAGCAGCAAUCUACAACCUCACCUAAACCCCAGACCUCUGACGGAGGAGAAAAGGACUCCGUGGAGAGCAAGGCCUCUGAUGGGAAUUUCAUCCGGUUUCAGAAAACAACUCCAAGACGGGGGAAGUCAAUCCGUGAUCAGAAAUAUCAGCCUAAUCGUGUCAAACAGAGAAGCUCUGAUGUUCCCAGCACGUCAAAGGAUGAUGACAGUGUUUACUCCUUCACAGGCAGUGAAUCAGAAGAUUUAAGCACUUCCCCUCCCGCCUUGGACACGCCUCAUUUACGCCAUAGCCUGGAUCCAGCUUCUUGGCAGCAAAAGGAAUGGUUGAGGAGACCUCCAGUCCGUAAGAAACCGUGGACAAAGGAAGAAGUGAACCUGUUCAAGAAGGCGUUGCAAAAGUACGGACCAGGCAAAUGGUCCGAAAUGAUCGCAGCGUAUAACUUCAGUGGCCGGACAAACGUCAACCUGAAGGAUAAAUGGAGGACAAUGGUCAAGAAUGGUGAAAUCUGAGUAAGAUGACUCAAUAGCAGGAUACCAUGGUAACAAGGAAUAGUGGGCGGUUGCUGAUUGACCUUUAACCCGAACACUCCUCAAUCCUUCACCUGUUGGAGGACUGAGGAGUGUUAGGGUUAAUAUUAAUCUUGAUCCAUACAGGAAAAAGAGGAAAUUUCAAAAGAGCAAAGCCAUACUUUUACAGACUUGGAGUCUGUGAAUAAUUACCCUCUUUUAAAAACAUGAGAUCUCGUUCUUAGAGAAAACUCUUACAAAGAGAGAUCAUUGGUUUGUGCACACUCUGGAGAAAAUGCAUCAUGUGAUCUCGGUGCUGUUAGCACAGGCUAGUCAAGGAGCUGAAAGGUUCGUAUCAGUUCUGCAUUUGUACUGCCAAAGUUGUGAUCAUUUGAUAGAAUGUUACAUGCUGAUUUUGAUAUGUUCUAAGAGAACGGCAAGUCAAAGAAAAGAUGUUGGCUACAAAUGUAGCAGGAUCACAGUGUUGCCAGAGGCAAGAUUUUUACCAACAUUACUUGGGUUUUAUUCUGAUACACAAUGGUUAUGAUGGACACAACAAAUUGAUACCAGCAUGUUUUUUCUCCAACAUUUAUUUUCCAUUCUGAUCAAAACUUAACUGGUAAUGUUAUUGCUUCGAUACAGAUUCAGUGCAGUUUCACUGUCACAAAAGAGGACCCAAACUAGUGAAUGGGUUUUAUAGGAAUUGCUAGGAGCAAGUAACAAAGAAAUGAAAGCAAGGAAACACAUGAAAACAUCUGUGACUGCAGCGGAAUUCUCGUCAUCAGUUCUGCAGUUGAGUUGACCGUUUGUUUUCUACCACACAAUUUGGAAGGAAUAACAUACAAACACCUGUCAGUUUUUAAAAAGUACACAUGUAUAUAGGUUUGCUUUAGAAUGCAUGAAUGUACAAAUGCAGCGACUAACAUGGUUCCACCUGGUAAGGGUAUCCUCUAUGACAGCUUUACAAAAGAAAAAAUCUUGGAAAGUUCCUUUUGUGGUAAAAACAAAGUUCCCCUGUCCACUGCAAGUUCACUGAUGUGUAUGGUACAUUCAUGUUAUACAUAUUACCUGGCAAAAAUCUAGGAAGGUGUUCAACAUUUCUACCAAGAAAAAAUUCUACCCACUCUUAACAGUUACAAAGUCCAGCACCAAUUAGGGACAAGGCAGUGUAAACGUGAAAAUUGCCACACACGUUCCAAUAAUGGUGACACUAACUUCUACCAACAUAUGUACAAAAACUCCAUCUUCAGGAAUUGACAAGGCUUCAAACUUAGAAACUGAGUGAGUUGUGAUUCAUUGGGAGUCAGGAACAUUAGGUGUUAUUCUGAACUAUAUACUCCAACACCAAAUGCUGUCUAAUUGAUAAGUUUUACUUAUAAUCAGUAAAAAACGUCUUGAUAUUUCAUAAUGUAGAUGAACAAAUUGUGUUUAAUCUACAGGUACAGUAUGUAAAAAGUUGCGUUGCUUUCUGCACAAGCUGGAGAACGUUUUUAAGUUCAGGGCACGCUUGACUGCUUGUACAUAGCAUGAAACAUAUUACACUUCUCGUAGUGGUGAAACUGAACAGAACUCAUCUCUACUGGGGAAGAACGUACACAGAAUUUCAAACCCCAUAUAUAUUAAAUCUGGAUACACAUGUAAGUAAUAUUUUCCUUCCAACUCGACGCUUUUUGAAGAGUUGUAGAGUUUUUAUCAAGAAAAUUGUGGAUUUGUUUUAGUGUGUAUAGGCUUCCAGGCUGUUUUAUUUGCGUUUCAUUUCCAGUUUGUCUUCAUCAUUUUGACAACGUCAUUGUAUAUUUCCAUUUUAUCAUGGCAUGGUCAAAAGUCACAGCUUGGAGCAUCUUGGCCUCAGAUUUCCCACACCUGUUUUAGUUAUACAUGUAUAGCAUUUUUGCAUAAUGUGGUCAAAUACAUCUACCAACUGUUAGCAUAUCAAGACUGUCAUUAGAAGUAGUACUUUUGGAACUGUUCAUGCAUUUUUCUGCUCUAGGCCCACGGGGAGGGGUGGGUAGAGGAGUCAGAUAUAGCCAAGUAUAUUUGGAUCUCAAUUACAAUUGCGUAUGUCCAAUAGCCAUUAGUGCCUGUGUACGUGAGACUUUGGAGUGUUGUGGAUUACAUUGGAAUCAAUAUACAUGUAUGUGCCAGAACACUUAACAAAGUCAUGUGCAUACUGAUAUAAAUCAGGAAAGGUAAAAGCACUACACAGUGAUUUGAGAUAAACUGGUGUACCAAGAUACCGCUAAACCACUUUUAGUCUUUGUGUAUGUGAAACUGCUUGGCUUUUGAGGUGAAAAUUCUCACAACCAGAUCCAAAUUUAUCUGACUGGAUGUUGUCAUCUGUACACAGACUGCUCGAUCCUGUAACUCCAAGGCAAAUAACACAAGUUAAGUCUUGGAGCUAGACCACUCAUCACAAUCACACCCUUCUCUGUUGUUCAAUAGGUACAUGUAUUCAUUGCUUCAGUCUUCAUCUGUACCACGCUGUAAAAUGUUUGGAAAACAACUACAGAGUAUCAUACUGUGAAGUUAAAAUACAUGUAAGUGCCUACUUUUUACUAAAUGGAGAAAAGCUUCCAUGUGCACCUUUGCAGUUAGAAUAUGGGGGCAUAUUCUUUGCCGUGCCUUGAAUUUUGGCCAAUGAUGCCGGAAUCUUUGUAAUCUGAUUGAACAGCUGGGGAUGUUUGUCAUAUUUGACAAUGUUUGGCAGGAUGUAGUCGUGCCGAAAAAGAGAGCAGAAUUCUAAAAAUAAAAUGUCCCAAAAUCUCCAAAGUAGAUACAGGUUUAUAUUCUACUCUGAGUUGUAACCUGGUUGGAAAUACGUAUACAUCAAUGAGUUGUAAAUAAAGUUGAAGUUCAUGAAGAUGAA